AUGCUUUCCAUCAGGACCAUUGCGCGCUCUGCGCCCAGAACCUUCUCCCGCCUCUCCCUCAGACAGUCAGUGGCGCGCCCGAGUGCUUUCUUCAAGGCCUCUUCAUGGAGCCCUGCUGUCCAGACCCAGCGCGCAUCCGCCUUCUCCAGCUCCGCUUUCAGGAAAGCGGCUGCUGGCGAGACUGAUUCCGAGCUCGUCGCCAAGCUUGACAGUGAGCUUCAGUUUGAGGAGGAGGUUAAGCAGAAUGAGCAGCUCCCCGCCAGCGUUAAGGACUUCAUCGACAACAGCCCCUUCGAGAUCCACGACAUCCCCGGCAAGGAGGAAGUCAAGCUGACUCGCAGCUUCGGAGAGGAGAAGAUCACCAUUACCUUCUCCAUCGCCGACCUCGCCAACUACGAUCCCGAGAUGUACGAGAAUGACCGCGCUCUUGAGGAUGAGGAGUUCGACUCCGACAUCCAGAACUCCAACAAGCAGAGUGGCGUCCAGGCAUCCGGCGGCGCUCGCUCCGCCAACGCCGAGGAGCAGCUGGAGGAGGAGGAGGGCGACCUCGAUGAGGCCGCUCCCCCUUGCCGCUUGAGCAUCGUUGUUGAGAAGCCCGGAAAGACCCCCGGCGCGCUCAACAUCGACGCCACUGCUCAGGACGGCGCCAUUGUCGUCGACAACAUGUUCUACUACGAGGACGGCAAGCUCGCCCACGCCGCUAACGCUGAGGUCGCCCACGCCCGCAGCGACAUCUACCCUGGACCCCCCUUCGGCAGCCUCGACGAGGACCUUCAGAUCCUGAUGGAGCGCUACCUCGAGGAGCGCGGCAUCACCCAGGCCCUGGCUGUCUUCGCGCCCGAUUACAUUGACGUCAAGGAGCAGCGCGAGUACGUCCGGUGGUUGAACAACGUCAAGGGCUUCGUCAGCGCCUAA